GAGCUGCGCGCGGGCUCGGGGAGCUGCACUCGGGGCCGGGGAGCUGCGCCCGGGCUCGAGGCCUGGGAGCUGUGCUCCUGGAGAUCAUCUUUGAAUUCUGACUACUGCGCAAGGCAUCUAAGGUAUAAGGGGAAGUACCAAGAACUGCUUGGAUGAAGCAGUUUUGAAAUAUCUCUGAAGAGAUACACAAUUUGAGAGCCCUUGAAGGAAAGGACUGUCUGUGUAGUUCAUCACUCUUUUUGUAGUGCCUAGCAUGGUGGUUGGCAUAACAAUCAAUAAACAGUUAUUGAAUAAGUAGACAAUGAAUAAAUAAGAAACACUCUUGCAUCUGGGAGUGGAGAAUGGGAGAAUACACCAAAACCCAAAGUCACCGGGAUGUCAAAAUCAGGUGUUCAUUGAAAGUGAUAGGAACCAGGACUAGAAAUCAGUAAUAACGUAGAUGAAUGAAAAUGGACCAGCAGUUCAGCUGAAGAAGAAAUCAAUAGGCAACCAGGGAAGAGGGAAUAAGGAGAUGAGAUUAAAAUGAAUAUUUUGCAAGAAGAUAUAUGGAAUAGAUUUUGGUGAGAAAGAAAGGAGCAAAAGCAGAUGAGGCCAAGUCCUUCAUAAUUUAAGAGGGAUUCGAAAAUAGCUUUGAAAAAAAAAGGAAGGAAAAUAGCUUUGAAACUGACGAACUGGGAUCCUGGGCCGCUCACUCCGCAGGCCUCGGGAGCCGGCGUCCCGCCCCAGCUCAGCCCCGCGACCGCAAGUACAGGUGCCCGGCCGGACCCUUCCGAGCCCCGACGACCCCGAAGUGCCUGACCACGCCUACCCACUGCGCCUGCGCGAGGCGCCCCUCUCGGGCGAGCCAGGAGCCUGGCGCUGGGUGGGCCGAGAGGCUCGUCGCGCCUGCGCGGAGGGCCCGGGGAGCAGCGUCGUUACUUUCCAAACGAGUGGCGGGAACCGUUGGAGGCUGUGGCGUCGCCGUCUGCCGGGCCGCAGCCGCUCCCUCGUGCGUAGGCCUGGCCAUGGCGCUGCAGCUCUCCCGGGAGCAAGGCAUCGCCCUGCGCGAGGCGGAAAUCGUGGCCGAGUUCUUCUCAUUUGGCAUCAACAGCAUUUUAUACCAGCGUGGCAUAUAUCCAUCCGAAACCUCUACUGGAGUGCAGAAAUACGGACUCACCUUGCUUGUAACAACUGAUCCUGAGCUCAUAAAAUAACUCAAUAAUGUAGUGGAACAACUGAAAGGUUGGUUAUACAAGUGUUCAGUUCAGAAACUGGUGGUAGUCAUCUCAAAUAUUGAAAGCGAUGAAGUCCUUGAAAGGUGGCAGUUUGAUAUUGAGUGCGACAAGACUGCAAAAGAUGACAGCACACCCAGAGAAAAGUCUCAGAAGGCUAUCCAGGAUGAGAUCCAACAGAUCACAGCUACCGUGACGUUUCUGCCGCUGUUGAAAGUCUCUUGUUCAUUUGACCUACUGAUUUGCAAAGAUUUGGUUGUACCUGAAAAAUGGGAAGAGUCGGGGCCAGCGUUUAUUACCAAUUCUGAGGAAGUCUGUCUUCGUUCAUUUACUAUUACUAUCCACAAAAUAAAUAGCAUGGUGGCCUAUAAAAUUCCCACCAAUGACUGA